GUGUGUUUGUGUGUGUGUGUGUGUGUAUGUGUGUGUUGCAUUGUGGGAUCUGCAGUUCACCUCCACACAGCUCUUCCUGUGUCGUGGAGGAUUGGCGUGAGGUGAGCUUUCUUCAGGAGCGUGGAUGGGACGUUGGUGACUCAGCAUUCUGAUGGAUGUAUAGGAAGAAAGAUGGGCUCUGUGCUGUCACUGUGUGGUGUGAAGACUAAGAAAAAAAACGUACAGGAGGAAAGACUCUUAAGAGCAAACGACAGAGAAUUUAAUCUCUCCUUCAAAUAUGCUAACAAUGCCAUCAAAACCUCUAAAUACAACAUCUUCACCUUCCUGCCGCUCAAUCUGUUCGAACAGUUCCAGCGUCUGGCCAACGCCUACUUCGUCUUCCUGCUCAUCUUACAGUUGAUCCCGGCGAUCUCGUCUCUGUCAUGGUUCACUACAGUGGUGCCGCUGCUCCUGGUGCUGAGCAUCACACUGGCCAAAGACGGUUCAGACGACAUCAACAGACACAGAAACGACAGACAGGUGAACAAUCGCAAGGUCGAUGUCCUCAUCGACGGACAACUGAGGACUGAAAAAUGGAUGAAUGUUCAAGUGGGCGACAUCAUUAAGCUGGAGAACAACCAGUUUGUCACGGCCGAUCUGCUGUUACUGUCCAGCAGCGAGCCUCUGAACCUCAUCUACAUCGAGACGGCUGAACUGGACGGUGAGACCAAUCUGAAGGUGAAACAGGCUCUGACAAUCACCGGAGAGAUGGGAGAUAACAUUGACAAACUGGCAGCUUUUAAAGGUGAGGUGCGCUGUGAGGCUCCCAACAACCGUUUGGAUAAGUUUACAGGAAUGCUGACUGUGAAUGGCGAAACGUUUGCUCUGGAUAACGAGAGGGUUCUGCUCCGAGGCUGCACACUGCGUAACACAGAAUGGUGUUUCGGCCUUGUGCUGUUCGGAGGUCCUGACACCAAGCUGAUGCAGAACUCUGGGAAAUCGAUAUUCAAGCGUACGAGCAUCGAUCACCUGAUGAAUGUCCUGGUUCUUUUUAUUUUUGGCCUCCUGGGGUUUAUGUGCACCGUCCUGGCUAUCGGGAAUUCAAUUUGGGAGCAUCAGGAGGGCAAUUCGUUUAUAGCCUUCCUCCCUAGGCAGGACGGCGCUGACGCCAACUUGUCCAGUUUCUUGUCCUUCUGGUCCUACGUCAUCAUCCUUAACACAGUGGUGCCUAUUUCACUCUAUGUAAGUGUGGAGAUUCUCCGACUCGGAAACAGCUACUUCAUUGACUGGGACAGGAAGAUGUACCAUGCUAAGACCGAUACUCCAGCCCAGGCCAGAACCACAACGCUAAACGAAGAGCUGGGCCAAAUCAAAUACAUCUUCUCCGACAAGACGGGCACCUUAACCCAGAACAUCAUGACUUUCAAUCGGUGCUCUAUCAAUGGGAAAUCAUAUGGUGAAGUUGUGGACUUUGCUGGACAGAGGGUAGAGAUCACUGAGAAAACAGAGACAGUGGACUUCUCGUGGAACUCACUGGCUGACCCAAAGUUCUCUUUCUACGAUCAUGCCCUUGUGGAGGCGGUGAAGAUGGGAACUCCCGAGGUUCAGGCCUUCUUCAGACUACUUGCACUGUGCCACACCGUCAUGCCCGAGGAGAAGACUGAGGGUCAGCUGUUCUACCAGGCUCAGUCUCCUGAUGAAGGAGCUCUGGUCACUGCGGCGAGGAACUUUGGCUACGUGUUUCGCACUCGCACCCCUGAGACCAUCUCAGUGGUGGAGAUGGGGAUCCACACCACGUACGAGCUGCUGGCUGUGCUGGACUUCAACAAUGUCCGCAAGAGGAUGUCUGUAAUUGUGCGGAGUCCAGAUGGCAGGCUCACUCUGUACUGUAAGGGGGCGGACACCAUCAUCUAUGAGAUGCUUCAUCCGUCCUGCUCCAAACUAAUGGAGGCCACCACCGAGCACCUCAAUGAGUUUGCUGGUGAAGGCUUGCGCACUCUGGCUCUGGCCUAUAAGGACUUGGAUGAAGCUGAAUUUGCCAUUUGGAGACAACAACACCAUGAGGCCAGCAUUGCACUGGAGGACCGUGAGGCUAAACUAGAUGCCGUAUAUGAGGAGAUCGAGAAGGAUCUGAUGUUGAUCGGGGCAACUGCAGUGGAGGAUAAACUGCAGGAUGGAGUUCCUCAGACCAUUGAGCAGCUCUCCAAAGCCGACAUCAAGAUCUGGGUGCUAACAGGAGACAAACAAGAGACGGCGGAGAACAUCGGAUACUCCUGCAACAUGCUGCGUGAGGAGAUGAAUGAGGUGUUCGUCAUCGCGGCUGACACGCAGGAGGAGGUGCGGAAGGAGCUAGUGAACGCCAGGAAAAAGAUGUCUCCGGGUUCCCCAGAUGAGCCGCCCUAUCUGAAGAGCGGGAUUAUGGGUAAAAAGGCUCAGGUGGUACUGGAUGAGAAGGUGGAUGGAGAGUAUGGCCUUGUCAUAAAUGGACACAGUCUGGCAUAUGGUCUGCAGAAGGACCUGCAGGUGGAGCUGUUGCGCACGGCGUGUAUGUGUCAGACGGUGAUCUGCUGCAGGGUCACCCCGCUGCAGAAAGCUCAGGUGGUGGAACUCGUCAAGAAGCACAAGAAAGCCGUGACCCUCGCCAUCGGAGAUGGAGCCAACGACGUCAGCAUGAUCAAGACGGCUCAUAUUGGAGUGGGGAUCAGUGGGCAGGAGGGCAUGCAGGCAGUCCUGUCCAGUGAUUUCUCCUUUGCUCAGUUCCGGUACCUGCAGCGCCUCCUGCUGGUCCACGGCCGCUGGUCGUAUCUGCGCAUGUGCAAGUUCCUGCGCUACUUCUUCUACAAGAACUUCAGCUUCACCUUCGUGCACUUCUGGUAUGCCUUCUUCUGUGGCUUCUCUGCCCAGACGGUGUAUGAUGAGUGGUUCAUUACACUUUAUAACCUGGUGUACACGGCCUUACCUGUCAUCGGCCUGAGCCUCUUCGAUCAGGAUGUUAACGACCGCUGGAGCCUCCAGUACCCUCAGCUGUAUGCACCGGGGCAGCAGAACAUGUACUUCAGUAUAAAGGCAUUUUUUAAGAUCCUGCUGCACAGCUGCUACAGCUCACUCAUACUCUUUUUCCUGCCGUAUGCCGCCAUGCACGACGCAGUGCGUGACGACGGCAAAGACAUCGCCGACUACCAGUCAUUCGCUCUGCUCGCCCAGACCUGCCUGCUCUUCGCUGUCAACAUUCACCUGGGUUUGGACACGUACCACUGGACAGCGGUGAAUCAGUUCUUCCUGUGGGGAAGUCUGUCUGUGUACUUUGCCGUCACAUUCACCAUGUACAGCAACGGCAUGUUCCUCAUCUUCACCUCCUCCUUCCCCUUCAUCGGCACUGCAAGAAAUUCCCUGAACCAGCCCAAUGUUUGGCUCACCAUCUUCCUCACCACCAUCCUAUGUGUGCUGCCCGUGCUGGCGUUCCGAUUCCUGCUCAUCCAGCUCCGACCAACCAUCAAUGACAAGGUGCGUUACAAAAUCAAACAAGCCAAAGCCGUGCUUCCUCCUCCCACUCGUCGGUUCCCACGGCGACGCAUCAGCACUCGUCGUUCCGGUUACGCCUUCUCACAUGCUCGUGGUUAUGGCGACCUCGUGACCUCGGGCCGUUUCCUGCGCCGGCCCGUGAAGAGCCGCCCAGUGCUUUUCCCUUUAGCGGAGUCCCCUGUAGCGCAGAGCUCUCCACAAACAUAUCGCAACAUCACUUCCUCCUAACACACCUCAUCCAACACCAGGGGGCGCUCUCACAAACUGCUUCACUGCACAUUAAGUGGGAGUCGCUCUGAGUUGUCAAGGGAGAUACACGAAGAGAAAGAAAGAAAAAGUGAGCACUACGUUCACUACGUAGAUGUUUACAAGCACAAAACUAUGUAUGCUCCGAGCACAUCCGUAAUAUCUAACAUUUCAGGAGUGUAUCCUUAAUAUAAAUAAUGACUUGCUAUGACAAUUUAUUCCAAACAAUAUGUUUUCAUAUACUUCUAUUUAUCUAGACAGAAUUUUUUUCAUCUCAGGCUUUUUAAAAUUUGCAUCUGAGGUCUAAUAGGUAGGACAAAUUGUAGGAGUUUUUCUGUCUACGCUGUUAAAGAAAGUAAAGUAAAGUAAAGAAAAGCAAUUAAAGUUAAAAUAGAAGUUCCGUUGUGCCUUUAAAAAGCUCUUGUCAAGAUGUUUCAGGGGAAAUUAGCAAAAAAAAUGUGUUGUGAGAGUGUGAAUUAAAGCUGUAAAAUAAAUUCAGAGAGAAAUUUCACAACUUGGCAAACUAGGAAACUUGGGUAAGUAGAUGAGCCACUAAAUUUCGGCUACUAAUGGCUCCCGAGUCGUACAGUAGAAAAUUCUCUAUUUGCGUGACCUGGAGUUCAUGAGUUCGGAUCCCAACAAUAUCAUAGCCAUUCAUAGCUGGGAGUCCAAAAGAGCAAAACUGGCCAUGUUCUCUGGGUGUGAGCGAUGGCAUUGUGUCUUUCCCCUGUCUAUCACAGCGACACUAGCCAAUCAUGUGUGUAUGCGUAUGCGUGAGAGGGCGGAUAGGACUUUCCUCCAAGAGUACUGUUCAGUGUAUCAUUAAUCUGAUCUGGGUUUUUUUUGUUUCUUCGUUUGGGAAUAUGCAAGUCUUCGGUAUGGCCCUGUAACAAAUAAGCACUUUUGGUUAUGCAUAGUGUGCAUGACCAGAGCAUACACUACACCCGGUAACUAAAAUAGUCCUGCUAUUAAAUUUGUGAUGUUUGUAAAUUUUUGAUACACACUGUAGGCAUGUCGCUUAGUGAUGCACUUAGGAAGAGAAGCACAGGCACAAUUUGAGACUAGCUCGCAGUGGAAGAAGACCUGCGAUGGGUCCAUUGAAAAAUAAUUGUAAAAAAUUAUGUGCAAUCUGCAACCAAUCCCACUAAAGCAACUCCAUGUUUAAAAAUAUGCAACAGAAUUUUUUAAUUUUAUACAACAGUCUUUAUUUUAAGUCGAAUGCAAAGCCAAUUUGGAAUUUGUUUCUCAUGUUUUUAGAAAGAAAUGACGUUGAUGUUUCAUCUUAUGACAUAACAUUAGCAACCUGUGAUUUUUGCCUCUUGAUUAUUCUGUUAACAUUGAUGCCUGAUGGUUUUAUGUAUGUUUGUGUGAAGUGUGUAGAUCAUGUGCACUACAUUUCCAAUACUGGACCGAUACAAAACAACACAGGAAUUAGUGUCAAAAAUGUAAAUGUACUCGUACAUUGUCUCAGGUAUGUUUAUGGCAGGUGAAAUCCUGUUAAAUCCUGCAAAGCUGUGGCUUUUUAGGGCCAUACUGUCACCCUGCCUCUAUGGCUAUGAACAUGUGAUAUUAUAAAAUAAAACUAAAGCUAAUGUGAGAUUUUGUCCUACUAUAUUUCAAGGCACACAGAUUCCUUCAGCCUACUGGUGCCAUUUAAUUCAGCUAAAGUAAAUGCCAUUAAGUUGUCAUGUUUGUGUGUUUGACUUUAAUUAUAUUUUUAGUGUUCAUUUAACUGUAUUUUCUAAUGUUGAGUUUUGUAUACUGAUCAAUCUUUUAAUAAAUUGUUUUAUUGGAUUUAAAA